UCACGAUUGCCGUUAUUAUUUAAGGCAGACAUUUUAAUGGCGUUGGUUGAUUAUUCCACUAAACCACCUAUUUAUUAAUAUGAUUUGGUGCCCAGCGGAUUUAGCAGUUGGCUUUGUGACGUUGCUGGUUUUGGGUAGCGACUUAUCGUUUAGUAAAGGCAUUUUGCAACCACGUGUGUCUGAAACUAGAGAAAUUUUGUCUUUGGAUGGUCUUUGGCAAUUUAGGAAGGAUAGGAACGCCACCGGAUUACCAGAGGAAAAUGAUUUCGAUUUGGAUCUUAUGCCCGUCCCAUCAAGUUACAACGAUGUGGCCACACAGCAAGCUCUACGUGACUACGUUGGCACAGUUUGGUACAACAGAAAAUUCUUUGUACCGAAAUGUUGGAGACGGAAACGAGUUUGGUUAAGAUUUGGAUCCGUAUCUUACAGCGCCAACAUCACCAUCAACGGCAAGCACAUCGCUGACCACACAAUAGGACACCUACCGUUUACUGUUCAAAUUACGUCCGCACUCAAAUUCGAUGGAGAAAAUGAUAUCAUAGUCGCGGUUAACAAUACUUUGACCAAUACAACUAUUCCUCAGGGUACUGUGAGCAGGUCAACUAACAGCGGUGUUUUGUCUCAGUCCUACACGUUUGAUUUCUUCAAUUACGCUGGAAUCGAUAGACCAGUUACACUUUACACCACCAGCAGGGCAUAUGUCGACGACAUCACCAUCAGGACCAGCCUUCAAGACUCCGCGGCGUAUGUUACGUACAACGUAUCCAUUCUUGGGAAAUCAAACGUCACGACUCACAGGGUGACCAUUUUGGACAAAUCUGGUGAAGAAGUCGUUUCGAGUACAACCCAAAAUGAAAUAGAAGGCUUAACAAUAGGAAAUCCGCACCUGUGGUGGCCAUAUUUGAUGGAUCCAUAUCCAGGAUACCUCUACACAUUGCGGGUAGAUGUUUUCGAAAAUGAGACUUUAGUGGACCGUUACAAUCAGCCAUUUGGGAUUAGGGAGCUGACUUGGGACAAUACCACUUUUAAAAUCAAUGGAAGGGCCAUUUAUUUACGAGGAUUCGGUAGACACGAAGACUCCGAUAUUCGCGGCAAAGGUCUGGAUUUGCCUCUGGUAAUCAGGGACCACAACCUCAUCAGAUGGAUAGGAGCCAAUUGCUACAGAACGUCCCAUUACCCCUAUGCAGAGGAAAUCAUGGAUUUGGCCGAUCGCAUUGGUAUAAUGAUAAUCGAUGAGGUGCCUGCCGUUAAUAUAGAACAAUUUAGUCACAAGUUGUUAGUAAAUCACCAAAGAUCGCUAACGGAACUCUACAAAAGGGACAAAAACAGGCCGUCGGUAAUACUGUGGUCCGUCGCCAAUGAACCAAGAACACAACACAACGAAUCUGAACUAUAUUUUAAAAACGUAGUGGAACACAUCAAGGGUCUUGAUGAAUCUCGACCCGUGACAGCUGUUAUCGCCGUCAGCCCUGAAGAAGAUUAUGGUAGCAAAUAUGUUGAUAUUGUAAGCUUUAAUCGUUACGAUGGGUGGUACGAAUAUCCAGGAUUACUUGGGGAGAUCAUGCCAAGAAUAAUCGAAGAGGCUCAGGAAUGGCAUAAGAAAUAUAAUAAACCCGUCAUAAACACCGAAUAUGGGGCUGAUACUUUAGAAGGCCUGCAUACGCUGCCGACCUUUAUCUGGUCAGAGGAAUACCAAACCGCUCUGAUGUCUGAAUAUUUCAAAGCUUUUGAUUAUUUGCGGGAAGAAGAAGGGUGGUUUAUUGGGGAGAUGAUCUGGAACUUCGCUGAUUUUAAGACGGCACAAACGUACACCAGAGUCGGUGGUAACAAAAAAGGCGUUUUCACGAGAAAUCGGCAACCGAAAGCGUCCGCUUUUUGGUUGCGGAAAAGAUACUGGGCCUUGGCUACUGUUUUAGACAAUGCGACUGCACCAACGGAUUUGGAUGGAUAUGUUUUAUCGGGAUAUAUUCCGUAGGAUUUACCAAAUAACGUGACUUUAUCAAAUUACUGUUCAUAAAAGGCAGCUCAGUUUUAAUAAUCGCCUUUCUUUAAAACUGUAGUUGUUGACACUACCUAUAUUUACAGUACAAGAAUUAUCCGCCUUAGCCACCGUAUAGGUGAUGCUUUAGUUUUUUGCGUAUAUUUCAAAACUUUGUACAUAUUGCUAUGGGUUUUCAAGAGGGCAAAAUUAAAGGCUACAGUUUAUGGGAAUUUUUAAAUGAAAUUUAAAAUUCUGCGCAUACCCUUGCCGCUCCCAUUCCUCGUGCCAUUUCGUCAGCGUAUUUUUUUGGCCAAAGAUGGGGUACUCAACAAAGACGUUAUAUCCAAGAGACCCGACAAGCCUUCAACAUUGCCGGAGCUUCGCACAAGCGUGAUCACAUUCUAAACGCACCAUUGGCGCCUUUUAGUACGACACGUAAAGAUUUUGACAUAUCAGAGGAAACGGGAUUUUAGACAUUUUGAAUUUGG